GUUGCAGAGGAAUUGCUCACCUCUGGCUAUUAUUCUGCUGAGCAUUACCAACAGAAGGAAAAGACUUUAGAGAAGAGAUUAUCUCAAGCUGAGGCUGCAGCACGUCAAAGGGCUGCAUACCCUACAGAAAUUGAAGAGCCGCUGGGAGUGGAGCCUCAGUUUAAUUGGCUACAUUUUCAGCAGCAUAGAGGAGCUGCUGGUGGACCUCAGAAGGGCCUUGUCCAUAUGGAGAUUGUUUCAGGGACCAUUGAGAGCCAGCAGGCAGACGCAGUGGUAUCUCCCAUGGUCUUCCACGAUCCUCUGUCCACCCGAGUUGGAACUAUUAUCUGUGAAGUAAUAGAUCCUCAGCUGACUGAGAGGGUCGUACAGGAAUCAAGAGAGGAAACGAUACCUGGUGAUUUCGUACUCGUGAAAGACUUGAUUGGAGUUCCUUUUGGUGCUGUGUUCUUCCUCAACCUUGUGCCGUGGGAUGAAGAAGAGAAUGGAACUGCAGUUCAGGUACUCCGCCUGGGCCUCAACAAAAUCCUGACUUCCUGUGAGAGAGAAGGUUUUGAAUCUGUAGCCCUACCUGCACUCGGUGCUGGUAUUGCCCUUCGUUUUCCAAUUGCUCUGGUAGCAAGGGUUUUACAGGAGGAGCUCUGUAAAUUUGAACAGGAGAGAAGCACGAGCGCACCAGUCCAGGUUCGCAUUGUUCUGCACCCCAAAGAUGAGGAUGCUUGUCAGAUCUUCAAGUCUGUCCAAGAAGAUAUGAAAUACAACAGAUGCACUGAAAAUGACCUGGAGAGUGGCCUUAAUUUGGGCUCCAGUACAAAGAGGAUUGUUCUGCUCGGGAAAACCGGAUAUGGAAAAAGCAACGUAGCUAACACCAUUCUGGGGGAGGACGCUUUUACUGUAUAUCAUUCUCCGAACUCAGGAACACAUUCAUGUCAUUCAGAGACAAGAACAGUCAAUGGGAGACGCCUAACUUUGAUCGACACACCCGGUUUCUUCGACACCGACAGGACUGAUGAGGAUUUGAAGCCUGAAGUAAUGCGUUGCCUCACAGAGUGUGCUCCUGGACCACACGUCUUUCUUAUUGUGCUUAAAGUGGACAAAUUCACAAAGCACGAGCAACAAGUCGUCACUCAAAUCCGCGAGCAUUUCUCCGACGAUGCUUUAAAAUAUGCUGUAAUCGUCUUCACUCAUGGUGGCCAGCUCCCAGAAGGGAUGAAAAUCGAAGAAUUUGUCCAUCAGAACAAGAAUCUGAGCAAUCUGGUGAAGAUGUGUGGAAGUCGGUGCCAUGUCUUUGAUAGUAAACACUGGAAUGGAGAAAAGCAAGAUGUUUACAGGAGCAACCAGUUCCAGUUGGAGGCAUUCCUUCAAACAAUAGACAAGAUGAUUGAGGAAAAACAUGGAUCCUACUACACCAACGAUGUUCUGCAGCAUGUCGAAGAAAAGAUCCAAGAGCAAGAAAAGCAGAUUCAAGAGGUCUCAGAAUAUUUACCCCCACAGGAGAUCAGAAAACAGGCUAAAAGCUUUGUGUCAGAGGAAUUUAGGAUCCAGCUAGCAGGUAUUACCACUGGUGCUAUGUUGGGGGCCUUUUUUGGAGUGGCAACGUUAGUGGAAGUUGUUUUGAAAGUUGUGAAGAAUCCAGCCGACAUCACAAAACACGUGAGAACUCUAACAUCAAAGGCACCCGCAGUGGCUGCAGCAGCUGCAGCAGGAACUGAGGUGGCAGCUGUGGCUGUUGGGGUGGCAGCAGGUGUUACCACACUAACUGUGGCUACUGCGGGAGGAAUACGUGGCGGAAUCAUUGGAUGUGAAGCAUCGAAAGAAGCAAAAACACCAAUGGAGGCAAUGCAGAAAACCGUUGAAGCCAUCAAGGAAAAAAGAAAUACG